AUCUAAGGAAUUUUAAGUACGCUUUCAAUGUCAUUUAAGAAAAUAAUAAUCUGAGAGAUAUAAUAUAUAUUAACAAUAGAGAUAUAUGAUGUAUGGAGAGGCGGUGAAGUCGACGGUGUGUGCAGUUGUCAACACUAAGACAGUGGGUCAUUAUGGGUCAGAGCCAGAGUAAUAGUUCAGGGGGAGGUGGGCAGGGGGGAGAUGACAAAAAAGACAAGAAGAAGAAAUACGAGCCUCCAGUGCCCACCCGUGUUGGGAAGAAGAAGAGGAAGAUGAAAGGACCAGAUGCUGCUAACAAACUGCCUCUUGUAACACCACAUACUCGUUGCCGCCUCAAGAUGUUGAAACUUGAACGAAUCAAGGACUACCUUCUGAUGGAGGAGGAAUUUAUUCGUAACCAAGAAACUCUUAGGCCUCAAGAGGAGAAACAGGAGGAGGAAAGAAGCAAGGUUGAUGAUUUGAGAGGGACUCCCAUGAGUGUAGGAACCCUAGAAGAGAUUAUCGAUGAUAACCAUGCCAUCGUCUCAACAAGUGUGGGCUCAGAGCAUUAUGUCUCCAUCCUGUCCUUUGUUGAUAAAGAUCAGCUUGAGCCUGGGUGCUCUGUGUUGCUAAACCAUAAAGUACAUGCUGUUGUUGGAGUUUUGAGUGAUGACACAGAUCCUAUGGUUACAGUCAUGAAGCUAGAAAAGGCUCCUCAAGAAACAUAUGCAGAUAUUGGAGGUUUGGAUACACAAAUUCAAGAGAUAAAAGAAUCUGUAGAACUUCCCCUCACUCACCCGGAAUACUAUGAGGAGAUGGGUAUCAAACCUCCCAAGGGAGUCAUCCUUUAUGGCCAGCCAGGCACUGGAAAGACACUCUUAGCCAAGGCUGUGGCUAACCAAACCAGUGCUACUUUUCUUAGGGUUGUAGGUUCUGAACUUAUUCAAAAAUAUUUAGGUGAUGGUCCCAAAUUAGUUCGGGAGCUGUUCAGAGUUGCAGAAGAACAUGCUCCUAGUAUUGUUUUCAUUGAUGAGAUUGAUGCUAUAGGGACUAAGAGAUAUGAUUCCAAUUCUGGUGGUGAGAGAGAGAUUCAGCGUACCAUGUUGGAGCUCUUGAACCAGCUUGAUGGUUUUGAUUCUCGAGGUGAUGUCAAGGUAAUCAUGGCAACAAACCGUAUUGAAACUUUAGAUCCAGCUUUAAUCCGGCCGGGUAGAAUUGACAGAAAGAUAGAGUUCCCACUGCCUGAUGAGAAGACAAAGCGACGCAUCUUCCAGAUUCACACUUCACGCAUGACAUUAGCUGGAGAUGUUAACCUAGAUGAACUCAUAAUGGCCAAGGAUGACUUGUCAGGAGCUGAUAUUAAGGCAAUUUGCACAGAGGCUGGAUUGAUGGCAUUACGAGAACGACGAAUGAAAGUCACCAGUGAGGACUUCAAGAAAUCCAAAGAGAAUGUUUUGUAUAGAAAGAAGGAAGGAACACCAGAGGGAUUAUAUCUUUAGGUAUUCCUGAGAGGGUGGUCAGAUAAUCUUUCUCGGUUAAUGUUUAAUGUCUACUAAAUUAAAUAAUAUAGGUUUACCUCUUAGUGAUUUUAUAUAUUUUUAGUUCAGCAUUGUAUUAAAAACUUUAUUGAACUAAUUAUAUGCAACAAAAUAUGUUUUGAGGAAUCAUUUUUAGAAAAUGAAUGACAAAUAAAAUUGUGUUUAAAA